AUGCUGAAAAUCUGGCAGCUGGGUCUCAUGAGCUACGACACGGCCCUGAAGAUUCAGAGGGCAGUCGUACGCAAACAACUCCACUGUGUCACGACCGGACAAGGAACCUGGGACACCCUUCUCCUGCUAGAACACAGACCCGUUUACACUGUCGGGAUCAGAGAUGACACGCCCAAGGAAGAGGUACAGAGACUGAAUGCCUUAGGAGCGGCGUUUAGAAAAACGAACAGAGGUGGACUGAUCACUUUUCAUGGACCAGGCCAGUUAGUGGCAUACCCGAUCAUCAAUUUGAAACGCUUCAAGCUUAAUGUCAAGUGUUAUGUAAACAGUUUGGAAGAGACAGUCAUCAAUAUGUGCUCCGAGUUAGGACUGAAGGGCGAAAGAUCGCCGAACACCGGCGUGUGGAUCGGGGAUAAUAAGGUAGCCGCGAUCGGAGUACAUGCUACCCGGUAUAUCACUUAUCACGGCACGUCAGUUAACUGUGACAAUGACUUGUCCUGGUUCAAGCAUAUCGACCCUUGCGGCAUUAAGGACAAAGGAGUCACUUCCUUGACUGAAGAAACUGGAGAACCUUGGUCAGUAGACAAAAUUACUCCUAUGUUUAUAAGGAACUUUAAUAAGGUAUUCAACUGUGAAAGUGAAGAUUUGGCCGUUUAUGAUCAGAAAGAUAUAUUGAAUAGUGUUUAUAAUAACCUACUUGUGACCGAAUAA